AAGAGUGGACCAUUUCCACCGAAUCGGGUCGGACUCGGACUACUUGAAUCUUUCAAUGGGUUCUCUGAGCGGCGGCGGCGGCCAUGGCGGGCUGUGGGGGUGGAAGGGUCCCUGGAGGAACGAGGGAUCGUCGCGGCGUCCUCGUCGGAGGAGCUCGAACCCCUCGGAUUCCGCGGAGCCGGCCGGGAGCGUCGCUCGCCGGUUCCCCCUCAAGCAGGCGGCGACGGCGGGCUCGCUCGCUCUCGCCGGCGACACGAUAGCUCAGGUCAGGGAGCGCCUGAGGAGGAAGAGGGGGGAGGGCGGGUCGGCGGGACCUGCCUCGCCUGGACCGGACGCUGAUGGUGCUCGCGAGGUCGGUGUCUGGUUACGAAUGUUUUCUUGUUCGCCGAAUGACUGUGUUGACAUCAUUCCCAUUCUUAUUUCAGAUCAUGACUGGUUUCGGGCCCUACGCAUGACCUCUUAUGGAUUCCUUUUGUAUGGCCCCGGUUCUUAUGUCUGGUAUCAGUUUCUUGAUCAAACUUUGCCUAAGCCAACAGUUGAGAACUUGAUGCUGAAGGUAUUGUUGAACCAAAUCGUGCUUGGCCCUACAGUUAUUGCAAUUGUUUUUGCUUGGAACAACUUAUGGCAAGGGAAGUUAUCUGACCUUCCUAAAAAAUAUCAAAAAGAUGCUCUUCCCACACUACUCUAUGGAUUUAGGUUCUGGAUCCCUGUCAGUGCAUUGAAUUUCUGGGUGGUUCCACUUCAAGCCCGUGUAGCUUUCAUGUCCAUGGGCUCCAUCUUCUGGAACUUCUGCUUGUCUUCCACCAUGAGCAAGUAGCUGUUGUCUUCUCUGGAAAUUGAAGCUGUGGCUUCAGUUCUGAUGUGCUGUUCAUCGGUUAACUGAAGACUUCGGAAUUGGUAGAAUUCCAUCCCAAAGCUUCGUACGGACAAGAGUCCUUGGUUUGAUCUCUACGUUGCCUGCUUAUUGAACCUUUCUUGGCUCAUCCAGAUUGUACCAGUCAAUGGGAUCCUGUAAACAAUGUUUACUGCCCAAUAUCUCAUCUAAUUGCGGGAUUUGGUGUUCAGUUUACAAGAGGUAAAAUUGAACUGUCAUUAAAAUUCAGGUAAAA